AUGUCAGUCAUAAAAACCAUCCUUACAUUUCCUGAUGUAUUAUUGUUUGUUCUACCAGCUUUUUUUAGGAAAAUCCUCAUCUUGCAUUUGGUAGGGCUGGUGCUAACUUACAACUUCACUAACUGUGACUACAAGAAGAUCAGACAGGCAUAUAAGAGUAUCAUUUUCUGUGCCCUGAAGGAAUAUAUGAAUGGGACCGAAAGUACCAGCUUCGACCAAAUUGAAUCCUGUUACAACCCAGUGAGUAGAACCAUCAGUGCCUCUGGCUUUCUCCCAGAAAAGACGCCAGGCGUUCCAGGGAGGGAGUAUCUUGCCGAGUGCAGAUCCCCCGGGCAGUGGCGGAGCUCCACAUCAGAUUGUCUCAUUAAAAUCGAGCACCAUACCUUCAAUCCCACCAGUGACUGCCUGUCACUCUCCGAGUCCCCCUUCGCCUUGAAAACUAAUACUACCCUCGUUCUCCAGUGCUCAGGCUACUCAGGAAUUCAGAAAAACAAUACCCAGGAAAUGAAACAAGAAGGAGUCAACAGUAACUGCCUCAACCAAACCUCACAAAUACUAGGAUGGUGGCGUCGUUUCUCUCGACUUUUAGGAAAAUAA